AUCUAGAAAAAAGAGAAAAACCGAAAAAAACAACUAUCCAAAACGACAUCAUUUUGCUUAUUUAGUGUUUCUUAGUUUUCUAUAUUUAACCAACAAGUUACUAACUCUUUUAUAUUUAUCUCGAUUGAGAGAAAUUCUCAAUCGAUUGAUCAAAACCACCAUGCCCUAGUUUCUUCUCCGCCACCUUCGUCUUCACCCUUUCUCUUUUGAUCUUCUCCUCGUCAAGUUUUUUCAAACAAAAAUAGAGGAAGAUAUAGAGAGAUGGGAAUUUUUUAUGGGAUGGUGGCAAGGGGUAAUGUGGUUUUGGCAGAGUUUGACUCAACGCAAACGAAUGCGAAUUCAAUAGCUAGACAAUUGCUCGAGAAGAUUCCCAAUGGUAAUACUAGCAGCAACGCCUCUUACUCUCAUGAUCGAUUCAUUUUUCACAUUAAGAUAAACGAUGGUCUUACAGUUGUAUGCAUGGCCGAUGAUGCCUAUGGAAGGAGGAUUCCUUUCGCAUUUCUUGAAGAUAUUCAUCAAAGAUUUGUUAAGACGUACGGUCGCGCAAUACAUUCAGCUUCAGCAUACGCCAUGAAUGAUGAAUUUUCAAGAAUCUUAAGCCAGCAAUUAGAGAUUUACUCGAAUGAUCCUAAUAUCGACAGACUAAAUCGAUUGCAAGGCGAAAUGAUUCAGGUAAGGACGGUAAUGAUGGAUAACAUCGAGAAAGUUUUGGAAAGAGGGGAUCGUUUGACGUUGCUAGUUGAGAAAACGAGCGCCAUACAAGGAAAUGCGCUGAGAUUCAGGAGGCAAAGUAGGAGUUUCAAAAGUACAAUGUGGUGGAGAAAUUUUAAGCUAACGGUUGCAUGGAUGUUCAUAGUUUUGAUAAUCUUGGUCUACCUUGUGUUGGCAUUUGUUUGUGAUGGUCCUCUCUUCCAUUCCUGCUUACACUAAAACACAAAGCUUGCUUGUAUUUGUAUUUGUAUUUUACCACAUCUUUUAUUUUUUAUUUUU